GUUUCACAUUCUGCCUGAAACUACAAUGAAGGUCACCCAGGAUACAGUUACAAUUAGUGAACUGAUGAAAUGGCCGUCUUGUCAAAAAGGACAAACUGUUGAACUAAAAGAUGCUGAUCCAAAUGAGCUUCAGCAGUUUAUUGACAAGAUGUCCGCCAGUAUCAAAGGUAAGAGUGUAAAAUAAGGUUUUUGAUGAAAAGAGGAAUAAGAUUAAACUUACUGUAUGUACGUAAGCUUAGAAACAGGUUGCUCAAGCUUAUGACGAGAGUAGUUAGUUUGUUUUUUUGAAUUGAGAAGCAUAUGGUUAAACCCGUACAUAUUUAUGAAUAGCUGGUCUUAAAUAUUUAAGAUUGAUAAGGGAAAUAUCCAGACUAAAGUUUAUAAAGAUUAACGCUUAUGAAUUUGGUCAACCGGCAAUCCUUGCGUCAAAACGCGCUGUCAACAGUGUCAAGAAGGGUAGACUACAAGAACAACAUCGAUCUACUUAAAAAGAGCAUGAUAUCGGGCUGGCCCCAGUUCUAGUCUUUUGGAGUCAACAAAUCAGAUCAUAUUUAAGACUAGAUGAAAGCUUAGGGUCAAACAUUAGUUAGACUUUCUCAAAGCCCGUUUCCAUUUUUCUUUCUUUCCUUUUUUUUUUUUAAGACUAUUUCUCUGUGGGUAAUUCAUCAACCAGUGCUAGAUGAAUCCGGGAAGAGCUACAUGAUUGUAUUUUUUACCCCUUAAUUCAUUUCGUUGUUUCUAAAUACGUAUCUCACGUUGGCCCAGAAUGUUGAAACACUCUAUAGCGCUAACCUAUCCAUCGCAAAAUUAAACAAGACUUACCUGUAACUUGAAGUUUGAUUGAGAUUCUACCGAGUUAUAAAGUACUGGGAGCCGGUAAAAGUAAAAAGGAAACAUCUCUUGACAAAGAGUAUUAGCCUGCACAAGGCUUCAAACUAGAUUAACUAAAAGAAAUAUACAUGUAGAAUACUCCAUUGAAAGUACGCGCGUACGGUUGACGUAUCAGAGAGAUGCAAAAACAAAUUCGUGCUUAAAUACCGCACAAAGCACUUUCCAUGUGGUUUUGUGUUUCGUAUACAUGUUCAGUAUACAUACCGAGAGAUCAUUCUGUCAGCCUUUUUUUAACGAUUUCCAGAGUGCUAAAAUGAUAAACUUGCUGCCACACAUUGUGAAAUGACUUGAAAGGAAACGACGUCUCUGUGCGUGACGUCGUCGUUUAAAACCUAUAAGUAUUAAAAUUAGAACGAGGGUAAGGAUAUGAGGUACAAGCGCUGAUCUAGGAUAACUACUGACCGAUUUUCUAACAGCGAACGCCGAAAGCGCAAGGUUCUAGGGAGGUCCGGGGGCAUUCUCCCCCUCUGGAAUUUUUCUGAUUUUAACUUCCUAAACACCCUUUUCCUUGGUUUCUGAGUCAUUCAGACAGGAUAUUGGCCAGUUGCGGAUGCAUCCUUGCAAAUCGGCGGAUCACUUCAUCAAGGUCAAUUUCCGUAUUGUAGUGGAUAUGAAGCAAGGCGAGUCCAAACCAUUUUCAAGAUUAACUUGGAAAUUUUUAUAUUAAAAAUGUAUUUAUUAUAAAAAAUUUGACCGAUUCGCAUAAGUCGAUCUGUAGAAACUGGUGUGGAUCCGCGCCUGAGGUAAUACAGGAUUAUACUAUUAGUUACCGUUUUGCUUUAAAGAGUUGCCUGCUGAAAAUAAAUGAGUUUGAGCAAAGUAGCCGGUUUGAAUUAGCUUAAUAGAAAAAUAGCUCCUAUAUGGUCUCAACAAAAUUACCUUUUUGAAUGACUACGAAGCAACUCGCCAAGCAAGGAUGCUGCAAGCACCUAUAACAGGUCGGAAAUUAAGCGUGAAACUCACAAACCGCUGUCGAGGAGAGAGUAGCAAUACUCCUAGGCAUGUUUCAAGCUACAGAAAACUGGAUAAGUUCCGCCCGUUCUAGAAGUAACCACUAAAUAAAUGUAAUAAAUAUCAACCACUAAUGCAAUACUAACCAUUAAUGUAAUAAAUAUCAACCACUAAUGUAAUAAAAAAGUUAACUAAUAAUAAUAAUAAUAAUCAUAGUAAUAAUAAUGGGUCUUUAUUUCACACAAGAUAAAGAUACAUAUCCGAUGUUACAACUGUUUAUGAAUAAAACAUAAAAAAAAACAUAAUGAAAUAAAUAAUAUAAUCAUAGAAUCCUAACUAUCCUGUACUAAGGUUGAGUUUAAAUAUUAAUCUAUUUACAAAGGCAGACAUUAGAUUAUAAGAACAGACUUUCUUUGAAGGAAUAUAUGAAGCUAGCGGGUGAUUGUUUAUAGAAGUUACUUUCUUAAAAAUUUUGCAGUCUUGAUUCUAUUAAUUAACAGAUCCUUGAUUGAAACGGGGUAAGAAAUAAAACGGCGUUUAUGACAUCUAUCUAAAAAGUUCUGUAAAAUAUUAAGAUUAGGUUCAGAAGCUCCAUAUACGGGUAAACCGCCAUAAAUAAAAUUUAGGCGAAACUAAGACAGUGAACAAGUGAUCUAUUUCUGCUGGUGAAUAUUGCUUUUUUCUAAGGGUCCUUGAAACAUGGAGACAUUUGUUUGCUUUAAUUAAUUUGAGAUUAACAUGCGCCCGAAACAGGCUUACAAUCAGAGACACUAUUGUAGAGUCAUCAGCAUAUUAAAGUAGAGCAGGAGCAUUGUUAAAAGAAAUUUCUAGGUCAUUCAAAAAUAUAUUAAGUAGAUAAGGCCCGCUUACACUUCCUUGGGUGGUCCCCUUGUUAACGACCUUCCAGUUGCAGAGGUGAUUAUUAUAGAAACUUUGCUGUUACCUAGCAACCAAGAAGCUAUGGUACCAAUUAACGAUGUAAGGAUUGAGGAAAGUUGCUAAGUCUAGCUGAUAACUUGCUAUGAUUUACGGAAUCAAACGCUUUGCUAAAAUGCAUUGUAAACAAACGAACUGCCUUACAGUCGUCGUUGUCUAGUUGUCUAUAUACAUGGUGUUGAAUAGAUAAUAAGCCGUUUGUGCAGUUACCCCCUUGCCUGUGUUCAAAUUGGCUAGGGCUAAGGCUAUUUUCUACAACCGCUUUUACAUGGGUGUGGUACACAACUUUUUCGAAUGUUCUUGCGAUCACGGACGUGACUUUGAUGCCUCAGUAGUCCGAAUCCUCUUUGGGGAUGUCGAACUUCGGUAGGGGGUUGAUGUUCGCCCUCUUCCAAGAGUCCGGCCAGGUGUGAGUUGACAGCGACAAAUUCCAGACUUGGGUUAUAACCGGCGUUAAUAGUUCGGCAUAAUAAAAAACUUAACCACUAACGUAACAACUUUGCGACCAUUAAUGUAACAAACUCAAAGAGAACAGCUGAUUGGCUAUUUAGAAUUAUUAGGAUUUAUAAAAAAUCCCCCUGCUCUGAUGUCAGGCAUUGCUGUUUCAACGAAAUAAGUCGUUUAGGACUUGUUCUAUACCCAAAGAUUUGAUUGCCAAGGCACAGUGGCUCAAAAAUGCUGCAAAACGUUAACUCUUGUGGGGAAGUUUUAACGACCAGUCUGAAAGUGACAAUGUUGAGUGACCUUGUAAAUAGGGGAGACUCCCUACAGUUCUCUACAUAGCAGGGCUCUGCCUUAAAGGGGCACUGAACAUUAUUUUUUUUACACUGAAGUCGUUUGCAUGAGAUGGAUACCUUUUCUUCGAAAAAAUGGUAGAGUAAUGGGUUUACGUUUUCAAAGAAAUUGUGGUGUUGUGUCAGUUGGGGAAUGAUUUAAAAAUUAAGGAUUUUGAACUCAGGGCAAUGCCUCCUCAGGGACCUCAAGCACAAGCAUUAACAGUCUCUGAUUCGCCAGUUUAUCAUGCAUUUGCACGCCAUCGGAUUUACAACCCCGAUACAAAUACAACAUAUACUUCCUCAAGUAAUACACCAUCCAAAGUAGUAAACAUGUUAAACAUGGAUGCCUGCGAGAAUAACUGUCACUGAGCAGCUUGGCCGAGCCUUAACCUAGAACUCUAGAAGCACAUAUGCAACAGUCGACGCGUUUUGUUACUUUCAACACAGGUAGCCCAAUUUCGAAAUAAUGGGUAUCGGCGAACAGCGGCCAUGUUGCGUAACAUUCGAAAUAUAAAGAUUUGUAUGGGAAAAAAUUUAUCGUUUCCGUGACCUACGAAAAGGAUUUCAAUAAAAAACAGCUUACCUUGCAUAAAGUGUGUACUACGUCUCUCUUGUGAGUCCAUGGGCCGAUUUAAGGCCGUUUUAUGGGUUGUACUGUAAACGGUUUUCUCUCUAUAUAAAGGUUUACCAAGGCUGGGGACUCCAGCGAAGCGGCCCGACGGAUCCACCGAAGGAAAACGGCCGGAAAUUCGCUCCAACGGCUCCAGUCGCCUCCAAAUUCCGCCUAGUUAACACACGAUAGUUCUGCUUUCCACUCGUGAUUUUGCUUCAAGACGCCUUUGCAUCGAGAACGAAUCAAAGGUCGCCAAUCUCUUCAACCUUUCCCGUCUGAAGCCAUUGACAGAACCUUGGUUUGAACUCCGCGUUACCGUUGAAAGAUAGCGACACGGCCUGAGACUCAAAUUACUCACAGUCGGGGUGGGAGACAGUCUCUUGCUCCCGUUGACAUCAAUACCCGAGAAAGAAAACAACAAUUUACCUUGAAUCUCGGACUUAGAUCCUCCAAAAAACCUCGCUCACUCGGGUUUUCUUCUGAGCUCCCAGCCGCGAACAAAACAGUGAGGAAUUUCUUCAGGGCAAAUUUGUCAAAUUUGUCGCUCGAUCAUUUGACUUUUCUUCAAAACGACAACUGAGUAUUUUCUUCAACUUCCACUUUUCAUUUGCACAUAUUAUCGGUGCAUGUUAAACCGCACAGGAGAGCAGAUUUGCUUAAUAUUUGCCUCAAUUUUACCGCGCUCGCGUUUCUUCGCGUGCACCAACGGGCAAAUAGUAGAUGGCUAACUGACCAAUCAGAGCACGCGCUUUACUUUUGUUAUGUUAUAAAUAAACCUUGUAUGCAGUAGUUUUUGUUUAUUCUUAGGUAUGCUUUCUGCCUUAAAUACUUGAAUUUAGAGUUCUCUUUUUUCUUUUUUCUGCUACCAAGACAUACUCUUCUCCUCUCCUGGGCGACUUUGAGUGAUUAAUUUCCUUGUCUUAAACCCUUACAGAAAAUAUGCAAGAUCUACGUGGAGCAAGCGUACAAACGCCUAUACCAAGGCCAUCAAGAGAAGUACGGCAGCACGAACGAGAUUUAGAGAGGCAGCUCAGAGAGAUGCGGCAACGCGAAGAAAAUUUGCAAAGACACUUGAGGGAGUUACAGCAAAACUCGCAAAGACAGCAGCAACGUGAAGGAAACCUUCAAAGGCAGCUGAGAGAGACACAGCAACGUGAAGAAAACUCACAAAGGCAGCUGAGGGAGACACAGCAACGUGAAGAAAACUUACAAAGGCAGCUGAGGGAGACACAGCAACGUGAAGGAAACCUUGAAAGGCAGCUGAGGGAGUCACAGCAACGUGAAGAAAAUUUGCAAAGACAGCUGAGGGAAAAAGACCAGGAAGUAAAUGAACUAGAGUUAAGUCUUUCAUUAGCUCAGCAAACAAUCAGUGAACAACGACGACAGGAAACAUGCGACUGGGUUAUUUCCCGUAAUGAAAUUCAGAUGACAGAGAAUUGCCUAGGGAGGGGUGGUUGGGGAAGUGUCAAUGAAGGUACCUACUGUGGCUGUACUGUGGCAGUGAAGCAAAUCCAUGACCUAAUUCUAUCCCGCCAUAACAGGCUUUUAUUUGAAAGAGAAAUGAAUAUUGCUUCAGCUUGCCGCCAUCCCUGUUUGCUACAGUUUAUUCGCGCCACAAAUGAUGAAGGAAGUCCGCUAUUUGUGACAGAGCUCAUGGAGAAAAGUUUGCGAACUUUGUUUGAAGAGCGGCCGCUUUCCAAAACAGAAAUACGCGUCAUUUCUCUGGAUGUGGCUCGUGCUCUUAACUAUCUUCAUCAGAAGAAACCAUCACCAAUCAUUCACCGGGAUGUCAGCAGUGCCAAUGUGUUGCUAUGGCGACAGGGUGACCAAUGGAGAGGCAAAGUGUCAGAUUAUGGCACUGCUAAUUUCAUGCAGCAGACCAUGACAGUGGCUCCUGGAGCUAUGAUUUAUAGCGCACCUGAAGCACUUUCGUCAAAUCAGACUCCUAAGGUUGGUAAUCGUUUGUUUCAGAUCUGA